GCACGCUUAGACUCUCGGGAGUUGUAGUAGGAAUCCAGUCAGAGUUGGAAUCAUGUCGGUGACCAAGGAGCUCUUACAGAUGGACCUGUACAAGCUACUAGGUAUUGAGGAGAAAGCGGCAGACAAAGAGGUGAAGAAGGCAUAUAGGCAGAAGGCCCUCUCCUGCCACCCAGACAAAAAUCCGGAUAAUCCCAGAGCAGCUGAACUCUUCCACCAGCUUUCUCAGGCCUUGGAGGUACUGACUGACGCUGCAGCCAGGGCCGCGUACGACAAGGUCAGGAAAGCCAGGAAGCAGGCAGCAGAGAGGACUCAGAAGCUAGAUGAGAGGAGGAAGAAAGUGAAGCUUGACCUAGAGGCCCGGGAACGGCAGGCUCAGGCCCAGGGCAGUGAGGAGGAAGAGGAGAGCCGGAGUACCAGGACACUAGAGCAGGAGAUCGAACGCCUGCGAGAAGAGGGUUCCCGGCAGCUGGAGAAACAGCAGAGGCUGAUCCAGGAGCAGAUACGCCAGGAACGGGAACAGAGGUUGAGAGGAAAGGCAGAAAAUCCUGAAGGCAAAGGAACUCCCAAGCUAAAGCUCAAAUGGAAGUGCAAGGAGGACGGGUCGAAAGGUGGCUACUCCAGAGAUGUCCUCCUGCGGCUUUUUCAGAAGUAUGGAGAGGUGCUCAACCUGGUACUUUCCAGUAAGAAGGCAGGCACCGCCGUGGUGGAGUUUGCAACCGUCAAGGCUGCGGAGCUGGCUGUCCAGAAUGAAGUGGGCCUGGUUGAUAACCCUCUGAAGAUUUCCUGGUUGGAAGGACGGCCCCAGGGCAAGGAUGGCCCCAGCCACCUAGGACUGUCACAGGGCUCUGUGGUGUCCGAGAGGGACUACGAAAGCCUCGUCAUGAUGCGCAUGCGCCAAGCAGCUGAGCGGCAACAGCUGAUCGCCCAGAUGCAGCAGGAGGACAACGUGGGGCAGCCCACAUAGCCUCCAGCCCUACUACUCCACAGCCCUUUUCUUAAACCUCACCAAUAAAUUGUUUUUUU